GACGAGACUACGGCAAGCAGCCACGGUAAAGUGGUGAUGAUGAUAGCGUUUAUGAAUGGAUGGAUGAGCCAACGCCUGCUAGAAUGAGCUCGGGUGGUGGCGCGGAGGCUGCGCCGUCUAGCGUUUCUGUUGAAAGACUCAGUUCGGUACUAUCUUGCACAGCGGCGUGAGGCCUCUAGUGCGGCGGCGUUUCCCCCGUACGUUCGCGUUUGUGGAGCUUCUCAAACUGCCCUGCACCGCAUUUCUACCUGGACGUUAUUUUUUACUGUAAGUAACCUAACAUUACUAGAAACAAGGCCUGCUUCGAGAGUAUCCACUGACAUUUCGUGGGAGCGCUCACGUGCGCAUGCACGCGGUAAGAGACGGCGACGCUAGAGUGUACUAGCGACGCUAAGGAGUGUACCUGGUGGCCAGCAAGUUUGACAGUUGGAUUUGCGUUUUGGUCUCAUCGCGCGCACGGUCUGACCGUUUCUCGACGGUGAGCAGCAGCGGCGACCGUUCUGCGAAGGCCCCGGCAAUGACUUGCAGGUAAAGAGCGGGAAACGAGUGUGACACAAUGGAGCGUCCGGCGAUCGUGGAAAACGGGGCUGGCGCCGAUAAUGCCACUUAUAAGGCUACCAUAACGCACGUGGCACCAGAGAACCGAUGGCUCAAACUGUUCGUGCAGAGUAACUACGACGUGAUCAGGCAUAUCGAAGAUUACCUCGAGGGCCUCGAACCGACGCUGUCUACUAAGCCUGGCUUUAUGCAUCAGAGCCAGAUAGCAUUGGGAACGCCGUGUUUCGCGCGCUGCUCGAACAAGUGGUACCGCGCCGUGGUGUCGUCCUGGCCGUGUCAUAAUGAGACUUUAGUUGAGGUCACGUUCAUUGACUAUGGAAACUGCGAGGAGGUAAGCGUGGGUGACGUGCGCCAAAGCCCAGACCCGAUCUUUAGGACGCCGCACGCAGUUAGCGAGUGCUUCCUAGACGAACUCGACUUGAGCUUUAUCACUCCGCAGGGUGCAGAGGAGCUAGUCCUAUUGGCAAAGAACACACUUUCGUCUGCAGAAGUUACCGUCGCUGUCCGUAGGCUCGGGCAGGUUCAGGUGAACUGCGUCAGGCCCAUUGUUUCGGUGACCUUGCCGGACGGGAGAAGCCUGGCUGACAUGCUAGUCCGUUCGUCGGCGUUUGCCAACGCCAUGGCCCAGACUGCUGUGAGGUCUGCCUUCCUCCUUCCUGCCAUAAAAUUGGGCGUUCCUUACCAGGUUUACGUUUCGCACGUUGAAGCAAUCGACAACCUUUAUGUGCAUCUCGCGACCAGGGAACCAUCGGAGUUCACGGAAAUGAUUCAGGACGCGUACGCCAACGUGGCCCCACUUGAUCCUUCGCUGGUACAUAAAGAUACUGUUUGUCUGGCGCGUUUCACGGAGGAUUCCCAGCUCUACCGCUCCCUUGUUGUCGACUGCUGUCAGGGUGCUUGUAAAGUGGCCUUUGUCGAUUAUGGCAACCACGAACUGAAGCCGGCAUCAGAGUUGUUUGUCAUCCCUCCCGAACUGCUGGAAGAACCCGCCUUUGCAAUCCAUUGCGAUGCGACGAGCACGGGGCUAGACAAAGACACAUUCCUUGAAGUGACUGCGGACCAAAAGCUGACGUGCGUGUUUUUGCAGGGAGUGAGGCACGGCGUAUAUGUUGUCAUGUUCGAUGGCCUGAAUGGCAGCAAAGUGACAGCUCCAACAGCGAAUUGUGUCUCGUAUAAUGGACUGCCAGGAUAUGUACCGCCAACGAGUACUUCCUACAUCCAGAUACAGCAACUGAGGCUUGAUCCAGGCUGUCGCCAUGUCAUGUAUGUCACAUAUAUUGAGUCCACUGAAAUUUUCUAUGCACAGCUAAAGGAAAUGGCAGACGACAUUGAGCAGAUAUCAACACAGCUGGAAGCUGAGUCCUCUUCACUUGCUUUGCUUUCACCGGCAGAUAUCGUGCCUGGCUUGGCUGUAGCUUGCAGGUAUGAAGGAACGUGGUACAGGGCUGUAGUGGUCCAGCCUGGCCCACAAGUCCAGGUCUGGAUCGCUGAUUACGGAGACACCACAGUGCUCGAUAUCUCUGAGCUCCGACAGCUAGACCUGAAGUACACACUGCAGCCUGCGUAUGCGACAAAGCUCACCUUGGACGGCUUCACGUGUACGCCACAGUUUUCCGAAGAUUUGACAUCGUUGCUGCAGAGUCUCCUCCUCGACGUGGAGGCAAAUGUCUCGAUUGUCGACGUCCGUCCCGACGGUACACACACUGUCCAUAUAUUCGUUGGGGACCCUCCGAAAUCUGUUGUCAAGGCCCUGAGCGCGAAGCUUGAAAGUAGUAGGCAGGGAGUCACGGCAAAGGUGCAGAUGCCCACUGUUUGUCCUGUGGAGAAACUCGUUGUCACGAGCGUCACUCCCCCUCAGAAGUUCUUUGGCCAGUUUGUAAAGGUCUCUGACGAAGAGCUGGACGCCUUGCAGAAGGCGCUGGGAGACCAUUAUUCCAAGUCAUUUCCAGACCCAGCCUUCAUGCCGAUGCCUGGAGACCACGUAUGCUGUCGAUUCUCCGAGGACGGGCAGUUCUACAGGGCGAAGAUUGAGAGAGUUUUUGGCAACGGCUCACAGUACGAUGUUUUCUAUUUGGACUAUGGCAAUGAGGAGACCGUGUUGCUGCAGGACUUGCGCGCCCUAAAGCCAGAGUUUGCGGUCGCUCCCUUGUUUGGUAUACCUUGCCAGCUGCAGUCUGCGGAAGUCUCAGAAGACAUGGUUGACACAGAAGUGGAGGUGCGCUUCCUGGCCUGCCAUGGCGACGUCCACACCGUGGCGUUUACCACCCAUAGGCAGAAUCUGCCGCAAAGAGAUCUGCCUGCAGUUGUGGCGCCUGCUCAAGCGUCAGCUCCGGCCAACAUGAACACAUUCGGGGGAGGAGAGGCACUUGCCCUGGGUCUGAUGCAGUUGCAGCUCAACCCUGGCUGCCAGGAGCAGGGCACAGUGGUCGUGGUCAAGUCACCAUCAGAGUUCUACUGCCAGCUGAGCAAGAACGAUGACCAGCUCAACGGCGUGGCCGAGAUGUUAGGCAGCGUUACUGACAUGCAGCCGAGCCUUCCACCAGCCAUGCGCAAGGUGGGAAGUGCCUGCUGCGCCCUUUAUUCUGAAGACGGCGGCUGGUAUCGAGGCAUCAUUCGAGAGCUGCAUCCGGGUGGUGCUGCCGUGUUUUUUGUCGACUAUGGCAACGUUGAAAGCGUGGCAAACGAGGGCCUCAAGCUACUGCCGGACGCCCUGAUGUCCGUCCCGUGCCAGGCAGUGGGAUGCAAGCUCAAUGCAGCUGUGGUUGUGGAUGCCACUGCAGCGACAGCCAGGCUGGACGAAAUUCUAGCUGACCAGGAGGUGACCAUCUGGGUGCACAGGUGCGACUACAACAAGGUUCAUGACGUGGACGUCAUCCUUCGCAACGGUGUGAAUGUCCGUGAUCUUCUGGCCCAGGAAGGGCUCCUGCAGCUACCGGGUAGCUCCGCUUUCCCUCCGCAGCCACCAUCAGUGCCAGCAGCCCCUCCACCAUCAAUGCAGGUGACUCCUCUACAGAUGUCAUCACCGCAGCUGUACCAUAUGGGUGGCUUCAGCUACCCGGCUCUGACUGAGGGUGUCUCGGUGCCCGUGGAAGUCUGCUGGGUCUUGACACCUGGCGAUGUCUUCGUUCAGCUCAAGGAGACACAGGUUGUCCUGGAGCAACUCAUGAGUGAAAUGCAGGCGUACUACGCCACUUUCGGCGACACAGUCAGCAACGACAUUCGCCCAGGCCAGGCCUGCGUGGCCCUGUACUCCGAAGACCAGCAGUGGUACCGCGCCCGAGUGGUGCAUGCCAAGGCCGGUAUGCUGGGCGUUCAGUACGUCGACUACGGAAACUGUGAAGAAAUUCCUGAGGGCUCGGUGCGUCAGAUCCUCGCAAAAUAUGCCGAACUGCCGGCACAGGCCAUUCGAUGUCGGGUCCGUUCAGUGGCUCCCCCUAGCGGUCUCUCUGCAUGGCCGAUUCUGAAAGACCAGACGCCGCUGCAGCACAUCUUUGACGGCGUGUUCCUCUGCCGGCCGGCUGCACAGAAGGACGGUGUUCACCUUGUUGACCUCGAACGCCAGGGCGGUGGGCCGUCUCUCGUUGAAUCUCUCGUUGCAGCCGGGCUCGCUGCAGAUGCCACUGCUAUGCCCCGCGAGCUGGGAUCUGCAUCCGAGGCCAGUCAGAAGCAGCCACUGAGAGCCGUGGUUUCACCUGCUGAGUUUGUUUUUCAUCCGAAGCAGUUUGUUGACGUCAAGGUUACUGCUGUGGUGUCGUUGUCGGAGGUGUGGUGCUGUUUUGUGGAGAGUGUGGAACCCAUGGCCAAGGCCCUCCAGGAGGCUGGCGAUGUGGCACCCAAGUUCCGUAAUCCGGUGCCCGGUGAAGCCUGCGUGGCACGGCUGCCAUCGAAAGAUGAAGGAGCUGAAGGUGAUGCCGUGCUCACGCCCUGGGCGCGGGCCGUGGUGAAGUCUCGCCCUUCCCCGGCCAAGCUGGAGCUGUUCUUUGUCGACGUGGGUGGUACCAGGGUGGUGCACCACUCUGAGGUAAAGCAGAUACUACCAGAGUUGACCACUCAGCCCGGCUGUGCCUUCCAGUGUGUGCUGAAUUGCAGUUUCCCUGUUGACGCCACCGAACUGUCAGCUAAAAUACUGUACAAGGAGCUUGUGUUGCAGGUUGAGCAGCAGCUGGAGCCUGCAAAGGUGGUUGGGUCACUGUUUGACACCUCAGGAGACAGUGAAGUGAAUGUCUUGGACAGCUUUGCGCCGCCACCACAAGAGGAAGCAUCACCACCUCCACUAGUGUACACUCCAGCACCAGAGACUGCUUCAGCUCUGCAAGGCUGCUCGGCUCCAGAAGAAACUCCUAUUUCAGAAAACGUCGCUGCUCCGGAGGAAGCUUCCAUUCCAGAAGCCAUUCCAGAAGACAUCUCGGCUUCAGAGGAAGCUCCCAUUCCAGACGUGUCGGCUCCAGAAGAGCAGGUGCAGGAAAGCCAGCCUCCGGUUGAAGCCGGGGUAGUUGUGGCUGACACAGCACCUCCCUCUGUCGAACCCGUGGCUCCCGAGCCCAAAGUGACCAGUUCGGCUGCGAAGAGAGGUCCACCGCCAACUAGGACGUCACCUCCGGCCAACACAUCUCGGCCACCUUCGCGUCGGGGUGAGCCUGACUACGACGCUGGCGAUGACGUGUUUGGUAGCGCUAACGAUGAUACAGAGUCUACCAGCAAAGGCAGUGUCCAUAGCCAGCAGAGCAGCAGCGAGGAAGAUGCUCAUGAUGGUUUUAAAAGUACCACUGACAAUGCUGAUAUAAGCAAAAAUACAGGUCACAAGGAAGUUGGUGGUCAACAAGUUAGCGGUGGUGAUAAAGCUGGGGAUAAUUGCAGCGAACUGCAUAUUAGUGGUAGUGAUGCCGCAGGUAGUGAGAAUAGGUCUAACGAGGAGCGAAAAAUUCGGUCUAACUGCUUUUCUCUCUCUCUCUCUCUCCUCUCACCGCGGGGUGAAACCCCUCACGCAGGCUCAAGCAAUCGCACGAUUGUGCCAUGCUAUCCUCCGCUCUCAAAAAUAUCUGGCAAGAUGGCAGCUUACGUGAUGCAUGCUGAAGACAUUUCCUGUUUCUACGUGAUGCGCAAGGAACAAGAGGAGGCACUGGAAGAACUUUCCAUGCGCCUCGACGCUCACUACACCAAAAAUCCCGAGCCGGUCGUGGCGCCGCUGCCCAGACUUCCCUGCGUGAUCUUCUACCCCCAGGACGAAGCCUGGUAUCGUGCUAGGGUUGCAGGUGACAGCUCGUGCGUGCAGUUGGUCGACUAUGGCAACACUGAUAUUGUCCCUGAAGUCAGAGAGAUUGCUGCAGAAUUUCUCGAAGUGCCACCGUUUUGCUACAAAUGCAAGUUGGAUGGGGCAAUAGAUUUUGCCGGCAUUCCUGGCGUGUUCGGUGCAUUCAAGGAGAUGGUUGAGGGUUCAGAGCUAGAACUGGAGGUGAUGGCCUGGGGCCCAGAAGUCACUGUGAGGCUCGCUAAGGAGGGCCAGGAUAUUACCACGAUACUCAAGAGUAGGUUUCUUUCUUCUGAACCUGUGGCGUUGAAAACAGAUGCUCAACAGAAGCCUGUCGUUUUUUCGGAGGCCACACCCUCCAGCGAGCCUCCAGCUGCUGUGAAGGAGCGUAAAGCUUGCACAGUGAGCCACGUUGACAGCUUGAACUCUUUCUAUGUGCAGUACUCAACCCAGCUGGACAGUCUCCCAGACUUUGUGGACAAGCUGCAAGUAGUACUGGCUUCCACUCCCCAAACCAUAGUAGAGACACCAGACAGUAGCACCCUCUAUGCUGCUCUUUACUCUGCAGACAACCUCUGGUACAGGGCUAGAGUGGAAGGCCCCGCGGAAGAGGGUGGCUUCAGGGUUCGCUUCGUGGAUUACGGUAAUGUAGAGACAGUGAAUUCGGUGGUGUCACUGUGCUCUGAAGAGUUGCUGGUCGAGCCCUUCUGCGUUGAAUGCCAGCUUGCUGAUGUAAAAGGUGCCGAUGACUCGAAUGUCCUGGAGAAGUUCAUAGACCUGGUCCUUGGCUCCAUCUUUUCGUUGAAACAGAAGUCUGGAACGCCAAUGUCAGUUCAGCUGUUCACCCGGGACGGCAUCAACCUGAUGUCUAAGCUUCCGCUUCAGAGAAGGUACAGGAGUCCCGAAGUUCCACUUCACCAGAAAGCUCUGGUCAGCAUCAUGCAUAUAGAGUCUCCAACCGACUUUUUUGUUCACUUCAAUGAUCGUCAAGGCGCCUUGGAGACCCUGACGCAAGAACUGCAGGAAGUUCCAGAGAAUGAGAACACUUCGGUCGAUCUGUCACAGCCAUGCAUGGCCUACUGGUCUGACGAUCUUCCCUACAGGAUCACUGUACUUAAGGACAAGGGUGAAGCCGAGGGCGCAUCAAGCGUUCCAGUCAAGUUUGUUGACUACGGAAACACGGACACUGUGGAGCGAGCGGGAAUUCGCGAGCUCCCCGACGCGCUGCUGUCCGAGCCCCUCUUUGCCAUCAAUUGCACUCUUGAUGUCCCCGAGGAUAAGUUGGGCGUAGAAGCACUGGAUAAGCUGAAGGUUCUAGCUGACGAAGGGCCAACCUCAUCUCUCUUGGCUGAAUUUCUGGGUGAGAGGAAUGGCCGCUACGUGGUUCGUCUUCUGGAUAUGGGCAUAGACAUCUUAGAGAAGUUGCAAGGUGCCGUGCAUGAUGCCUCCAGAGGUGGCAGCAGCGACGUCACUGCCAACAGUCACAACGAAUCUGUUUUCAAAGAAGGAACUUCUGAAGGACCUGAGAGUGUUCCCAAGGCCCCCAUUGUCGAAGGAGAAAACAAACAGAAUGAUCAGGUCUCCACAGAUCCUUUCUCUGACAGCGUUUCUGUGUCGGAACCUCCCCAGUUUUCAGAGAUAGAAGCUUGCCAAGGCAUGUCAGAUAAGGAGACAGGGGGGUUUUUGUUGAAGCAGAGUCUCAAGAACAAGAAGGGCCGUCAGAGAGCACCAAAUGAAACUCCCGAGAACUUGCAGAGCAGCGAAGAACUGCCCAAAGAAGACACACUCUCAGAACCAGAGUGCAAUGACUCAAGUUUGCGAGUAGACAAUGAUGAAAAUGUAGCUGGAGAACCUGAACCUCUAUGCAGUGCAGUGGGUGGCUCUACUGAACUGUAUGAGGCGGCUGUGCUUCCAGAAGGAGUCGGUGUUGGUGGUGCCGCUCUUUUGGCAGUUCUCAAUGCUGACAUGCUUUCAAAAGUACCUCAAUUUGGUGAAAAAGAUCUCUCAGCUCUUUCCGAGGCCAGCCCCCGAUACAAGGAAAAGGGUGAUGCCGAAGCUUUUGAAGAUGCAUUGUCUAAAAGCAAGCGCGAGGCAGAAAUCUUCAAAGAUGCGCUUUCUGAGGAGAUCGCCACCGAUGAAACCAAAGGAACAUCACAUACAGCUGCGACAGAACUGAUCGCAGACUUGCAUAAAGGCACACCGGUGAAAUUGGAGAAUGCAAUCUCCAGCUUGAGCACUGCCAGUGUGUCAGACAAGCAGUCCACCUUGGCAGGAUCUGGUGAUACGCAUAUUGCCGAGACAGUCAGCAGCGAGGCACAUCUGGAGAAGCCAUUAAAAAAUAUGGAUACUCCAGCUUCGAAAGUUGGCCUGGCUCUGAAAGAGAGCGUUACACUUCCCUCAUCACGACUAGCGAGCAAGGAUGACCGCUCUGCGAUGGGUGCAGCCACCGUUCCUAAAGCCACUGCUUUGAACAUCGGUGCAGGGGGCGACGGAAGACAAACCAUCGUUCCAAAUGGUACCUCCUCGGCAGACUCCACUCCCUUCACCCGACGUCGUUUCAGAAGGCGGCUGAGCCUGGAUGACUGCCCAAUCCCUGGUGCCUGCACCAACGCAGAACUGCUGGAAAUCCAAAGCAGCGAUAAUGUGAACUGAGGACUAAGACAGCUAUGGUCUGCUAGUGCAAGAGUGUGGUAGGUUGCAAAAGUGCCUGGCCAGUAUGCUUAACUUCAUAGCUUUGCCUUUUCGCCCCCCAUCAUCUUCUGUUUAAUUCAUUCUCAUCAUUUUAUUUUUUAUUCUGGCAUAAGAAAGACUUUCAGCAUACGUUAUGCAAUCCUCGUUUGAAGUUUCAGCACGUUUAUGUAAGAAUCCUGGAAGUUUGUACGCUGACAAAUAA